AUGUCAACCAAGCGAAAUAGUGACGCGUUUUUAGCAGCAUCAGCUCAUUGGGCAAAGAGAGCAAAGCAUAACGAUAGCAACAACGACAAUUCAAAACCCCAGAAAACUCCCGAAAUAAUAGAAAUAUCAUCAGGAGAAGAAUCAGAAGAACCUGAAGUUCACACUGGAUCUACAAACAUCAAUUCCCCGAGUUCUACCCCAACCAAGAGCGCUCCAUCACCAUCACUACGAUUACUAUAUGCCCCAAGCUAUCCUGAAAAUGAUCUUGUUCGAGUCAACAAAGACACAGUCCGGAUUGGUGAUUUAGUUGGAUCUGAAGAUUUAUCAGAAACUUAUCAAUUCAAUUUCUCUGUCGAUUUGGGGUUUUUCUUCUCAUUCCUACAUCCCAAAUUUAUAACCGAUAAACGAAAGAUCAUGUUCAUAACGGGAUCCAAGCUACUUGAUCCGUCUAAUGAAGAUACAGAACUCAUAAAACGACAGUAUAAUAUCCUGGAAGUAACUGCUGAUAUUCCGAAUCGAUUCGGGACUCAUCAUACCAAGAUGAUGAUUAAUUUUUUCAAAGAUGGUAGUAUGGAAGUGGUGAUAAUGACAGCCAAUUUAAGAAAGAUUGAUUUUGGAGGAUUGACACAAGCAGUGUGGAAUUCGGGAAGACUUCAAAAGAAAGAAUCAAAAACAAAGAUACCCUUGAGAGGUGAAAGGUUUCAGAGAGAUUUAAUGAACUAUAUGAAACGAUAUAAUAAGUCUGAAGUAUCAAAAUUAGCGGAGCGUUUGAAAGAUUAUGACUUCCUGCCAGUGACAGUGGAAUUAAUUGGUUCAACUCCGGGAUCUUAUGAUCUCUCCGAAAUGACGGACGAGAGUGAUAUAUAUGGAUAUGGUAAACUAUAUCAAGCUCUCAAAAGGAAUUCACUAUUGUUGGACAAUUCAGCCACUAAUGAUCAUAAAACCUAUAAUGUCCUAGCACAAGUUUCAGCAAUCUCAUAUCCAUUCUCAGUUGAAAAAUGGGCCACAGCAGGAAUAUUUUCUCAUUUAUUAUGUCCAUUAAUAUUUUCCCAAAAGGAACCUUUCAAACUCUUGGAACCAGGUAGCGGAAGUUUUCGAGAUCAUCAAAGAAAACAUAAUUAUUGUCCAAGUAUAGUCUAUCCAACAGCAGCCGAAGUUGCAUCAUCCACUAUAGGAUUUGAUGCGGGACAAGCGAUUCAUUUUAAUUAUACCCAAUCGUUCGUACAUAAAAACUAUUAUAAUCAAGCUAUAAAACCAUAUUUACGAAAAUGCAAUUCGUCAGGCAAGAAUAAGGAAAUCACGGGAAGGGAAAUUCUUAUGCCUCAUAUCAAGAUGUACAUGUGUGACAAUGGGGAUAAUUGGUCUAGUUUAAGAUGGGUCUAUACUGGAAGUCAUAAUCUUUCCAAACAGGCAUGGGGUAGUAGGAAAGGAAAUAAGUUUACAAGUGAUGAUCCUUCCAAAUAUGAGAUAAGUAGUUAUGAAUUGGGAGUUUUGGUGUUUCCUGAAGAAGGAAAGAAAUUGGUGCCGGUAUAUUUGAAUCAUGACAAUAUAGCAGACAAAGAGAGUACAGAGAUUCCAAUUAGAAUGCCAUUCAAGUUACCACCUGUCAAAUAUUCAUCUAAUGAUUUGCCCUGGAGUUAUCAUGUUAGCUAUGGCGAUAGCUUGAAAGAUAAAUACGGAGAAACAUUUAAUGUCAAUAAAUAA